AUCAUCUCUUCCCCUCUUUUCGUUCCAAUCCACAGGAGGAGAGGCGAGGAGAGGAGAGCGAAGGAGCAGAGGCGAAGCACGAGUCCAAUCCAAACCCGAAAAAUUCGCGUGGCGGCCAAGCCAUCGACGCGAGCGAAACGCACGAGCGCGUCGCCUCCGCCUCCGCCGCGCCUCGCCAUGGCGGCGGCCGUCUCCACGGCGCCGCGCGCGCCGCUCCCCGCCGGCGCCGUGUCGUCCUCCUGCUGCUCGUCGUCGUCCUCCUCCGCGUCGAUGUCGCGGAGGUGGGAUCCGAGCCCGAACCCUAGCAGCGGCAGCGGCAGCAGGUUGUUCCUCGCGGCGCGGCGCGGGGAGCGGCUGCGCGUGCGCCGGCUUGCGGGCGCCGCGCCCGCACCGGCACCACGCCGCCGCGUUUCGUCCGUGGUGCGGUGCGGCGGCGGUGGAGGCGGCGUGCGGAGCCCCGACGACGCGGACGCCGGCAGCGGCGAGCGGCGGAGGGGCUGGGACGCGCUGUUCCACGACGCGUUCCAGGGCGCCGUGCGGCGGUGGAGCGAGUACGUCGGCAGCCACUGGCCCUUGGCGCCUGCCGGGAAGGAUGCUGGGCUCGGGAAGAGGGUUGAGAGUCGUCGCGAAGAGCAGGUUAGGGGCGAGGUGGAGGAGGAAGAGGGGAAGUGGAGCUGGGAGAGGUGGAAGCAGCACUUCGCGCUAAUCGAAGAGAGCGAGCGCCUCGUCGAUGAGCUGCAGCUACAACUACGGACUGCUGUUUAUAGAGAGGACUUCAGGAGUGCUCACAAACUGAAGUUGGCUAUUGCGGCUACAUCAAAAAACGAUACUGUGGGCAGAGCAAUUUCUGACUUAAAUAGUGCAAUAGAAGAGGAGCGCUACAUGGAUGCAACUUAUAUUAGAGAUCAUGCUGGCGCAGGAUUGUUGGGAUGGUGGUCUGGGAUUUCUGGAAAUUUGUCUGAUCCAUAUGGUCUUAUAAUUCGUAUAAGUGCUGAACAUGGUCGAUAUGUGGCGAAAAGUUACGAUACCAGGCAGCUGAAUUCAGAUGGCCCUGGUUUCCCCAUAUUUGAAAUUUACUUUGCUGAGGCCAAUGGAGGGUACAAUCUGCAGGCAGUGCAUCUGAAACCAGAUGACAGUGAUUCUCAGCAGUUGUCAAAUACGUUGAGAGAGAAACUAGGCAUGGAUAGUAUAAACAUAUCUAGCAGUUCAUUUGGAGCUAAACAUGAGGAUCACAAUGAAGGUGUAAACAUGGAUGAUCAAAAUAGUGAUGAUAGUGAUAUUUCUGCUGGUCCAGCUGGUUUCAAAAACUUGCCAAGCGAUUCAACUCCAGUUCCCAGGGUUAAAAUACUAAAAGUGGUGCCCAUGGAAAAUGUUAAUCAGGACUAUAUAAUCAAAAUUUUUGAUCAGAUGUCGGAUGAAGAUGAUGAAAAUGAUAAUCCUGAGGAUGAAAUUGAAUCAUCAGAGGACAUUGGUGAUGGAGAUAACGUUGAAGAAGCAGAAGCAGCUUCUGCAGAAGAUAAUGUUGAUGAAUCUGGCGAUGAAAGUGAUAUUGAAGCCUUAAUAUCAAUUGAUUUUAUCACAGAGGACGACAAGGAUUUUAUGUCUCCAUCAUCCACAAAAGCCUUUGAACGAAUGCCAGCUAGAUUAGAAAGAAGAGACCGUUUUUCAUUUUCGUUCUAUACUGAACAAUAUAGUAAAAGGCAAGAUGUGGAAAAAGUUCAGGGGAUUUCCAAAGAAAAAGUUGGACUCCGAACUGCUCAGCAGGAUGAUGAUGAUCUCCAAUUUGACCGUGUAAAGUUAGUAGGCAGCAACAGAAAAUUAUCGGUACUACAACUUGGCAUCAAGCAACACAAUAAUAAGGUUCAGCAAAAAUUGUACGGAGUUACUCACUUCAGCCGUAUUCAGAUACCUGUCUCCUCAGAUCCUCUUACUGGUUUAUACAUGACGGCAUCAGGUUUUGACUCAGAAAUUCUUAGCUUACAACGAAAAUUUGGUCAAUGGCGAGAGGAUGAUUCAUCUGAAGAGCACAGGGACCUACAGUUCUAUGAGUAUGUUGAGGCUGUAAAGUUGACCGGUGACAACCUUGUGCCAGCGGGUCAGGUUGUCUUCCGUGCAAAGGUUGGCAAACAUUAUCAGCUUCCACAUAAGGGAAUCAUCCCUAGAGAACUUGGAGUGGUUGCUAGGUACAAAGGGGAAAGGAGAAUUGCAGAUCCAGGUUUCCAAAACCCUCGUUGGGUUGAUGGCGAGCUUUUGAUACUAGAUGGAAAGUUCAUCAGAGAUGGUCCUGUGAUAGCUUUCUUUUACUGGACAUCAAACUUUCAUCUUUUUGAAUUCUUUAGGCGGUUGAAGCUUCCUGAUUAGUUUCAGAGAAUCAGUUGAAGCAGGCCAUUCCACAAUCUUGCAUGUCGAUGUACAUAACAGAAUGUACAUAAUCGUCUUCGUUAAAAAAUACAGUUGGGAAGAAUUGCGCAACAUCACAUUCCUUUUCUUUGGAGAGAAUCCAGUGGAAUGAGGACUUGAGCGGCGGCAUCUCCAAUCUCACUGGAAGAUGCCACUUUUAAGGAAAGAACUCGCACAAAGGAAGAUAUGAAGAGUGAACUCGUUGUUCCAUUUCCUUUCAGCUCACCAACCCGGUUUGGAGUUGGAGGCCAGGUCCAAGAUAGUUUAGUAAGAAAGAAAAGUAGGUUGAAAGCUCCAAAAUGAAAAGCUAGAAUUAUUCCAGGGUUUCAACUGUUGCUUUUUCGAGCCAUAUCACACAGGAACAAUUGUACGUGAAAUAUAAGUAGGAACAGUUUUGGCCAGUGUGAUCAAAUAAUUCAACCGGUGGUAAUAACGGGCACUUCGUGUUUUGUAAAUCCAACCAGUAGCAGGGGGGAUAACUGCUGUGUGUAUAUAUAUAACUCAGCAUGAAUUUUGUUGAACUUUGGCCUUGUUUAGUUUCCAAAAAAAAAACUUUUCACCAA